AUGAAGUUCCUGGCCCUUCUCCCCCUCGCCGCCGCCGUGGCCACGGUGCCGCAGUCCGUCUCCUAUGACGGCCACAAGGUGUUUCGUGUGCCCGUCACCGACGACGGCAGCUUCCUGCGCUCCCUCAUCGCCAAGCUCGACGUGUCGACCUGGCAGCCUCCCUCCAAAAAGGGCGCCUUUGCCGACAUCCACGUGCCGCCGCACGCCCUGAAGCCGUUUGAGCAGGCGCUCCAGGGCCACGAGGUCGUCACUAUGCACGAGGACCUCGGCGAGUCGAUCCGCAACGAGGGUGCGUACCAAGUAUACGCCGCCGGUGCUCCCAACAGCACCUGGUUCAACUCGUACCACGCCUACGCCGACCACCUACAGUACCUCAACGACCUGGCGUCGCAGUACUCCAAGAACGCCAAGGUCGUCACGUCCGGCAACUCGCUGCAGGGCAACCCCAUCACCGGCCUCCACAUCUUUGGCAGCUCCGGCGGCGGCAAGAAGCCCGCCGUCGUACUCCAUGGCACCGUUCACGCCCGCGAAUGGAUCGCUAGCAUGGUCAUCGAGUAUUUUAUCAACGAGCUCGUCAGCAAGUAUGGCUCUGACCAGAAGAUUACUUCCUUUGUUGACAAGUACGACUUUUACCUGUUCCCCAUUGUCAACGUAGAUGGCUUCAAGUACACGCAGACGUCCAACCGCAUGUGGCGCAAGAACCGUCAGACCACUUCGGGCAGCAACUGCCUCGGCCACGACAUCAACCGCAACUGGCCGUACAAGUGGGACGUUCCCGGCGGUGCCUCGACCAACCCCUGCGCCGAGGACUUCCGCGGCGUCAGCGCCGGCGACGCCCCUGAGACCAAGGCCCUCUCGGCCUUUUUGCAAAAGACCAAGAACGCGCAAGGUCUGAAGCUGUACAUUGACUACCACUCCUACUCGCAGCUCUUCAUGACGCCGUACGGAUACUCGUGCAACGCUCAUCCCGCCAACAACAACGAGCUGCAGUCCCUCGCCAAGGGCGCCGUCGACGCCAUCUACGCCGUGCACGGCACCCAGUUCGACUACGGCCCCAUCUGCACAACCAUCUACCCCGCCACCGGCAGCAGCGUCGACUACGUCGCCGACGUGGUCAAGGGCGACUACACUUUUACCUCGGAGCUCCGCGACACGGGCCGCUACGGCUUCGUGCUGCCCCCAGACCAGAUCCGCCCCAGCGGCGAGGAAGCCUUUGCUGGACUUGCCUCCCUGCUCACCAACAUGAGAUAA